AUUUGACUCAUCAGCACUGUAAGAGCCAACGCAGCACUAUUUGGGACAGUCACUCAAGGGAUCCCACUCAGCGGCGGCGUUGUUACAUUUUCUCUCUCCUCCCUAAGAAAUAUCGUCGCCGCCGGCCAUGUUCCUCCUGCAAACAUUUAUCCAGCAAUGCCCCGUCGUCGCUGGCGGUUUCCCUCAAUUCCCCCCUACACCAUCACUACUUUCUUCUACUAAACAUUCCGUCAAUUUCACCGUCUCAUGUUGCUCCGUCGCUUCGCCGGUGGCCGUUGUUAACGAAAAUGUAGACAGGAAAUCUAUCGAGAGGAGCGAGAUUAGGUUAGGUUUGCCUAGUAAAGGUCGAAUGGCUUCCGACACUCUUGAUCUUCUCAAAGAUUGUCAAUUAUCUGUGAGGCAUCUGAAUCCUCGGCAAUACGUUGCAGACAUUCCUCAGCUUGCAAACUUAGAAGUUUGGUUUCAGCGUCCAAAAGAUAUUGUACGAAAACUGGUUUCAGGAGAUUUAGACCUUGGCAUUGUUGGUCUUGACACAGUUAGCGAAUAUGGACAGGGAAAUGAAGAUCUAAUCCUUGUUCAUGAUGCACUUGCAUAUGGAGAUUGUCGCUUAUCUCUUGCAAUUCCAAAAUAUGGGAUUUUCGAGAACAUCAAUUCAGUUAAGGAGCUAGCACAAAUGUCUGAGUGGACUGCUGAGAAGCCUCUAAGAGUUGCCACUGGUUUCACUUAUCUGGGUCCUAAAUUUCUGAAAGAAAAUGGUCUUCAGCAUGUCGCUUUUUCAACUGCUGAUGGGGCACUGGAGGCAGCUCCUGCAAUGGGUAUUGCUGAUGCUAUUGUGGAUCUUGUUAGUAGUGGAACCACAUUGAAAGAAAACAAUCUCAAAGAAAUUGAAGGCGGUGUCCUCUUAGAAAGCCAGGCUGUCAUGAUUGCUAGCAAGAAGUCCUUAAUCCAGCGCAAAGGUUUAUUGGACAUCACACACGAAAUUCUUGAAAGAUUCGAGGCACAUUUGAGGGCGCUUGAUCAAUUUACUGUAGUCGCCAACAUGAGGGGAAACAGUGCCGAGGAAGUAGCUGAGAGAAUUCUUAGUCAACCAUCAUUAUCCGGGCUUCAGGGUCCAACUAUAAGUCCAGUUUUCCGCAAAGGUGAUGGUGGGGUAACACCUGAUUAUUAUGCUAUAGUCAUUUGUGUACCCAAAAAGAUGCUGUACAAAUCAGUUCAGCAGCUGAGAGCGAUUGGAGGUAGCGGAGUUCUGGUGUCUCCUUUGACCUACAUUUUCGAUGAAGAAACUCCAAGAUGGCGUGAGCUUCUUUUGAAGCUCGGGCUUUAAGUCGAUACAAACUCUAUCCAUCUUAUGUUUUGCAGUUUCUUUGCAACACCAGCCUGUGAUGAAGGGGGUUUUAAAGCAACAAUUGUUCCCAUUUGCAAAGCCAUGGGAUGAAUUUUGAAGUUAGAAGUAUGGUUUUUUGAAUGCAGAACUUUUAUGGGUUGUUUUUUAGUUUGCAAUAAAGAUGUUGAAGAAAAAGGCGUUUUAACUUGUAUCGUUGUGAAGGAUUAUUUCGUAAUUUUGUAUGAUUUGUUAGUUUUGAGGCUGAGAAAGGUUGCAUACAUUUUAUCUGUUCUGGACCUGACAUUGUGUAUGAUUUACUGGUUUGUUUGAUUUGGUUUUGAUCGGUUUUGUUCU